GUGUUUGUUUGGGGCUGCCUGCAGUUCUCCCAGCUGUCACUGGGUGGCGCCAGCAUGUCAGACCAUAACCCUGAACAGGAUCUCAGCAGCACACCAACAUGAGUCACAACUGUGUUUUCUUUUGUAUACAGGUAGCAUAGGAACGCUGUGGUGGGACCCCGUCCAGAGGCUGCUCUUCUCGGGGGCCUCCGACCACAGUGUCAUCAUGUGGGACAUCGGGGGCCGCAAAGGACGAACGCUACUGCUGCAGGGACAUCAUGAGCGUGUUCAGUCCCUGCGUUACCUCCAGCUGACGAGGCAGUUGGUUUCGUGCUCAGCCGAUGGGGGCAUCGCAGUAUGGAACAUGGACACACAGAGAGAAGAGGCGCCUCAGUGGUUAGACAGCGACUCUUGUCAGAAGUGUGAGCAGCCUUUCUUCUGGAAUAUCAAGCAGAUGUGGGACACGAAGACUCUGGGGCUCAGACAGCACCACUGCAGGAAGUGCGGCAAAGCUGUGUGUGGAAAAUGUAGCUCCAAACGCUCCACGUUCCCAAUCAUGGGCUUCGAGUUCCCUGUGCGGGUGUGUGACGCCUGCUUCGACACCAUCAAGGAAGAAGAUCGGACAGCGUUGGCCACUUUCCACGAGGGGAAACACAACAUCGCACACAUGGACAUGGACCCGUCCAGAGGCCUGAUGGUCACUUGUGGAAGCGACCGCAUUGUUAAGAUCUGGGACAUGACACAGGUGGUUGGCUGUAGCUUAGCAACAGGCUUCUCCCCGCGCUGAUUGGCCCGGUGCCCCCUCUCGCCCCAUGCUCCGCCCACUCUUCCAAUGUCAUGGAAACCCCUGUGUACAGUACAUCUCCUCCCCAUCACACCUGGGAUCUUCAGCUGCAACCCGGCCAGCUCUCGGUGAAUGUGCGAGUGUGUGCGAGUGUGUGCGAGUGUGUGUGUGUGUGUGUGUGUGUCAGCAGUGCAGCCGUCCACGUUCCUUUUGCUUCUCAUGAUAAAAUUCUCUUUAAUUUCACUAAUCGUCAGUCUCACAUGAAAGUGUGUUUGCCUGAUUUUGACUUUUUGCUCUGAUCUGAAACAGAACCCUAAGCACAAUGGUGUGUGUGUGUGUGUGUGUGUUUGUGUGUGUGUACAUGUGUGCAUGUAUUGUAAUGGUUUCUCCUUUAGGAGGAAUGGUAUUGAUAUUAGUGUUUACAUUCAAUAUAUCUAAUGCUUCUUUUGACAGUAGUCAUUUUUUAUUGCCCUUGCACUGUAAAGUUAGCCUUCACCAUAUUGCUGACCUGCCAUUCCUGGAAAACAUACUCUUCUCUUGCUCAUUAGUGUGGCCCACUAACUGCAUAUUACUCCGUCACUGUACAAACCCCCGGUCAUGUGUACAUACCCCUGCAUCAUGUGUAUAGUAGAUGCUUGAAAUGACUCACUGAUCAAAGUGAUCUUUUUUCCUCUCUCUCUCUCUUUCUGAUUUCUUUUUUCUCUUUCACUAGUUGGCCUUAAAUCACUCUCAGGAGGUUUUACAUCAGUAGGGUAUCACUAGGUGGGGCUCCGAUGAUGUCAGUCGUAACCAUUGUUCAUGUGUAGUCGGUAGAGAGUCGGUCGAGCGGCCUCCUCCAAAGGAAGUCUCUUGAUACACCCACAGGUGCUGCCAUAGAGAAUGGAUGCCGUUGUCAGAUGUUUGCCUGACAGCAGUGACCCCGCUUCCACCUCGUGAUCCCAGGUGAGGCGUUUGAAAUUGAAAUACGUUGCCAUAGUAACAAGCACAGACAGCGGCAACAUCCUAUUGCAGCCAUUGUGGCGUGUACCCAGAGCAGUCGCCAUUCAGGAUGGGAUUAUUGGGACCUGUGAUCAUUUCAGCUCUGUUGGUAGAAACUAGGUUAACAGCACCACCGCCUCGUACAGGUGUGACUCUCUCUAGAAAACGUAGAUCAAUAUCACAAGUUUUUUUGGUGCAGAAUUGGGUUUCGUGCCACCGGAAAGGCCCCGAGGUACUGGACCGGUACUCUGAACUAAAUGUAGCAGUAAACGUUGGCGUGUUGAACCGUCUCCAGCUCAAUCCGAGGUCAGAUCAGGGCUGCCUGUGUUCCUUCAAAAGCCUUAAAGAGAGAAGGACACGCUCACAAAGCCUUUUUAGUGGUUUGUCAGCGCUUACGACUGUUCACUCAUGUUCAUUUACUCUCAAGCACUCAUCUCGUGAACAAGCUCUGGAUGUCUCGUUUGCGUCUCCUUUCUUCAACCUUUUUUUUUUUCUUUUUCACUUUCUGUCCUCAGUCGUCCCGCCCAACCCCUCCUCCACCUCCACACACAUCUGUCUCAUUACGCUCUCAGCACUGCACUGAAUUGCACAACUUGUGGUCUCUGUCUUUUGAAUCUAACGAAACGUUUUUGUAAAGUUCAGACGUGAGAGAGAUAGCGGCUGUAUUCCAUGUAGCGUCCUUGUAAAUAGCGGCUAAUAUCUAACAUUAGACUAACGCUUGCCUUAUUGUAAGUGGAACAAUGAGCAUUAUAAUGUUUCUGAUUUCAAAAUGUAGUCACAUUCCAGUUUUUUGAUCAUGUAGUGUAUAUUUAUAUUUGUAGUAAAGUAUUUAUCUAUCACUGUAAA